AGUCUCCUUCCAGCAGGUGCAGCUGGGAGGUCACCCUGGGCUUCUCUCCACCAGCGGGGAAGCAGAACCAUGCUGGGUCCCCUCGCCUUCCUGUGCGCCCUCCUGUUUCCCGGCAGCUGGGCAGCGAUCAGCCUGGGGCAGCCCUCUAUGGUCGUGGCGCAGGCAGGCCGCUCAGCCACUCUGGGGUGCAAAGCCAGCACCAAGGUCAGCUACAUCCACUGGUACCACCACCAGGAAGGUGCGGCCCCCAAGAGGCUCCUCAGACUGGACAUGUCCGGAACGUUUGUGCAGAAAGAUGGGGGCCUGAAUGAGGACAAAGUCAAUGCCAAGAGGGGCAAGGGUAGCAACAGCUGUGACCUGUCCGUGCUGAAGCUGGAGAAGAGCGACGAGGGCGUGUACUACUGUGCUGCCUGGGAAGCUCGGUAUGGCUGGGCCCACAAAGUGUUCGGUCCUGGCACACUGCUCAGGGUUACAGCUAAAAGCCCUGAUGAAGACACUUCCCCCAAGCCCACGAUUUCUUCCUUCAAUUGCUGA